UUUUUCCCAGAAGACACUACUACUGUACAGAUAGAGAGAGAGAGCAGUAUCUUUGGUUUCAAGCCAUCAUCAUCAUCGUCUCUAGAUCCAAUUUGGACCAAAAAAUUGACAUACCAACCUCCUCUCUCUCUCUCUCUCUCUCCCUCCUAAACCAUGAACGAAGGGGGGCUUUUGGGGAGCUCUCAAGGUUGUUAAAUCGUCAGAUGAAUAUAGGACCUUUUUUGAUUGCCAAUACAUGUAUACCGAGCUACGGAUUACUAACCACGUUUGUAUGGUUGGAAUAGCUUCAUCACAGAACCCAUUUCUGGAUUUUUCUCUCCACUCAUGAUUCGGACUCUAUCAGGUUGCAUUUCUUAAUUGCAGCAUUAUCUUGAAGAUUAAAAAAGGGAACAAAAAUGAGGAUGAGGAACAAAUACCGGAAACCAACCACUUUACGUUGCAAUGCAGGAAACAGAUGCUCAUUUCCUGUUGUCGUGUGGAGCCUUGUGGGAUGCCUCGUUAUGCUCCAUCUGUACACACUUGUUCAUCACAAAGACGGGGAUGGUGGAGAGAUCCAAAUGCGUGCAGGCCAUCACCUUCUAUUCCGCGAGCUCAAAGAGGUGGAGGAGGAGAACAUUCAAAUUCCUCCACCAAAGGGAAAACGAUCCCCACGUGCUGCCAAACGGAGGCCUAGGCGGACCACUACCUUGAUUGAUGAAUUUCUUGAUGAGUCUUCCCAGCUUAGGCAAGUGUUCUUCCCGGAUCGGAAAACUGCUAUAGAUCCAUUGAAGGAUGCUGGGAAUGAAAGCUUCUACUAUUAUCCCGGAAGAAUUUGGCUGGAUACUGAUGGAAACCCUAUUCAAGCUCAUGGAGGUGGUAUCUUAUAUGAUCAGAGAUCAAGGACAUACUAUUGGUAUGGAGAGUAUAAAGAUGGCCCCACCUACCAUGCUCACAAAAAAGGUGCAGCACGGGUCGACACUAUCGGGGUUGGUUGCUAUUCUUCCAAGGAUUUGUGGACUUGGAAAAAUGAGGGCAUUGUGCUGGCCGCAGAAGAAACUGAUGAGACUCAUGACCUACACAAAUCCAACGUGCUCGAGAGGCCAAAAGUAAUUUACAAUGAUAAGACCGGUAAAUACGUGAUGUGGAUGCAUAUUGACGAUUCCAACUAUACCAAAGCUUCAGUUGGUGUUGCUGUCAGUGAUUCCCCCACUGGUCCUUUCGAUUAUCUCUACAGCAAACAGCCCCAUGGAUUUGAAAGCAGGGACAUGACAAUCUUCAAAGACGAUGAUGGUGUGGGCUACCUCAUCUACUCCUCCGAGGACAAUAGUGAACUUCAUAUCGGUCCACUCACUCAAGAUUACCUUGAUGUGACACGUGUCAUGAGAAGGAUUCUCGUGGGACAACACCGGGAAGCACCAGCUCUGUUCAAGCACCAGGGGACUUACUACAUGAUCACAUCAGGCUGCACGGGUUGGGCUCCAAACGAGGCACUGGCCCAUGCAGCUGAAUCUAUUAUGGGGCCAUGGGAGACCAUGGGGAACCCAUGCAUCGGGGGUAACAAAGUUUUUCGACAGACAACGUUCUUUGCGCAGAGCACAUUUGUGUUUCCUUUGCCAGGGCUUCCUUUUUCUUUUAUGUUCAUGGCAGAUCGGUGGAACCCAGCUGACUUGAGGGACUCAAGGUAUGUUUGGUUGCCUUUAAUGGUGGGUGGUGCAGUAGACCAGCCUCUCGACUACAAUUUUGGGUUCCCAUUGUGGUCAAGAGUGUCUAUCUAUUGGCAUAAAAGAUGGAGGCUUCCUUACAGGUGGAAUGCGAAGAAACGAUAAAAGGGUUUUUGGCGGCCUUACUCUUAUCAUACGUGCAGCGUUGAUGUGAGGUUUAGGUAUGUUCAUUCUGGAGCUCUAUUGGUCAUUUUGCAGAUCUCUUUGUCUAGAUCAUUUUAAUAUUAGUUAUUGAGGAACGGUGAAUGUCUAUGGAGAAAGGAUCAACCAGUUGCUUGAAGUUUUGCCAAUAGUUAACACCGUGGUUAAACAUACUUUCUUGAUCAUUGGGAUAACUAUUCAUUUUCUUCGAACCUAAGGCGAUGAAGUGGGGAAUAGGAGAAAAACAUGGUUGCCAAUGUAUCUGAUAUGGUCCACACCGCCAAGUAUUGGAGAAACCAAAUGGUUCAAUGUGGCCAGCCUCGACUGACAUUGUAUGGAGUUGGGCCUUCGCAUAACUAACUCAGCCUUUAAACAGAUUUUAAAGGAAAUUGGACACCAACAGUAGGGCCUGAUACUGACGCGGCUAAGAUUGGUCGCAGCGUUCAGAUUGGCCUGUAACCGACAUAGUACUGUGAGGGAAGGGUGAAAAGAAACCCAUUGGGCAGAACUCAAAUCUGAUUUUCGUUUGUUUCCUAUGUGAAAUUGUUUUGUAAGAAUUUGUAAUUUCAUCAGAUAACAAUAAGGGACCAAAUUUUAAUUCACUUCUUUUUUUAGCUUGACA